GUUCGUCAGGAACAAAAAAAACUUCCCCCAUGUUCGGUAAGAAGCCUCCCGUGAGUUACUACAACAAUCUCAACAAUUAGAAGAAACUGCUGAAUGCUCAGUGGGCUGCCGAUGUGAAUGAGCAGUUCACUCAACUCAGCAGUUCAGUAAAGUCCAGGUUGCUGUCCAUGGAGGAUAGGUUGGCUGCUUUGGAGUGAAAAAACUGUGCGGGAGACUCUAAGAAGAGAAGACGGGUGCACAAUCCCAAGAUUGCGGAAGCAGUAUGCCAUCUUUACAACUCGGAGACAAAUUGUAGGCGCUACGAACCGGAGCAAGGACUAACCUCGCCUCAUAACGAGGCCGUGACCUCCUAUUUGCUCAGAGCUAUGUCUGCAAGUCCAGAUUUACACGAUGCUGAUAAUGACGACAUUGUGUCUGCCUGUAAGACCUAUUAUGAGACAGUACGCAGGAGCUUCAGGUACAAACAACCAGACCUUGCACCGCAGGCGGAAGCUGUGAAGAGUUCAGCUCGGAGUCGAUCGAGAAGAAAAAGGCUGCUGGAAGCUGGACAGAGUGUGCUAGAUGAGGAAGAGGAGGAACUUUGGAAGUCCGCCACCAUAGACCUGAUGUCUGAUGAGAAAGACAGCAUCGUUGGCGGGGUGUCUGGAUGGAUUGUGCGACCUCCGUCCUUUGGCAGCCAGGAGCUCACCGAGCUCUGUGCCACGCUGCAGUCCAGAUUAGAGGCGACUCCGAAGUACAGGGCAACGCACCACAGACGUCUGUAAAACGGGCCAAAUUCAGACAGAAUGCCGCCAGUUAACUACAGCUCCGAGGCGGCAAACUGCCACUUCACGGUGCUGUAGGA